GCUUUGUCACCCACAGGCCUUUCUUGCUCCCCCAGGGCCAAGGCUGGCUGAACCUCCUCAAGAUGCCUACCCCACCAAGGACCAGCUGCUUUUGAGGGCCCUUCUCUGGCUCUGAUUGGCUGUCCCAGCCCAUCCAUCUUCCUUCCAGCCAAUGACAGCCUCCUCCACACCUGGGCCCUACCCAGGGUGGCAGUUGGUGCUGCUGUAACUGCCACUGCCCGGCAGGGAGCUGUGGAGGCCAUGGCCAGCAGGAGUGGCCGAGCCCGGGGUCGGGCGCUGGGCCUCUUCUCCCUGGCUCUACCAGUGGGGGAUUUGAGCAACUUACAUCUGAAGGAAGAGAGAGUCAAACCAGAUACCAAUGGUACAGUUGUUAAAUCCACUGAAAAUGUAGAAAAGACUGAUGAAGAGGAGAAAGAGGAUAGAGCUGCCCAGUCACUAUUAAAUAAACUGAUAAGAAACAAUCUUGUUGAUAACACAAAUCAAGUGGAAGUCCUACAACGGGAUCCAAAUUCUCCCCUUUAUUCAGUGAAGUCUUUUGAAGAGCUUCGACUGAAACCUCAGCUUCUACAAGGAGUCUAUGUGAUGGGUUUCAACCGACCAUCUAAAAUACAAGAAAAUGCAUUACCUAUGAUGCUUGCUGAACCCCCACAGAACCUGAUCGCUCAGUCUCAGUCUGGUACUGGUAAAACAGCUGCAUUUGUCCUGGCUAUGCUCAGCCAAGUGGAACCUUUGAAUAGAUACCCCCAGUGUUUGUGCCUCUCACCAACAUAUGAACUGGCACUUCAGACAGGAAAGGUGAUUGAACAGAUGGGCAAAUUUUAUCCAGAACUUAAACUCGCUUAUGCUGUUCGAGGCAACAAAUUAGAAAGAGGUCGUAAGAUCAGUGAGCAGAUAGUAAUUGGCACCCCUGGAACAGUUCUGGAUUGGUGCUCCAAGCUGAAAUUCAUUGAUCCCAAAAAGAUCAAGGUGUUUGUUUUGGAUGAAGCUGAUGUGAUGAUCGCUACCCAAGGUCAUCAGGAUCAGAGCAUCCGCAUCCAGAGGAUGCUGCCUAAGAAUUGUCAGAUGCUGCUUUUCUCUGCCACCUUUGAGGAUUCUGUGUGGAGGUUUGCACGGAAGGUUGUCCCAGACCCCAACAUCAUCAAACUGAAACGAGAGGAAGAGACGUUAGACACCAUUAAACAGUAUUAUGUAAUGUGCAAUAAUCGAGAUGAGAAGUUUCAAGCCCUUUGUAAUCUCUAUGGUGCCAUCACUAUUGCUCAAGCCAUGAUCUUCUGUCAUACCCGCAAAACAGCUGGUUGGCUGGCAGCUGAACUAUCCAAAGAAGGCCACCAGGUGGCGCUCCUGAGUGGCGAGAUGAUGGUGGAACAGAGAGCUGCUGUGAUUGAGCGUUUCCGGGAGGGCAAGGAGAAAGUGUUGGUGACCACCAAUGUGUGUGCUCGAGGUAUUGAUGUGGAACAGGUGUCUGUGGUUAUCAACUUUGACCUGCCAGUGGACAAGGAUGGGAAUCCAGACAAUGAGACCUACCUCCAUCGGAUUGGGCGCACGGGGCGCUUUGGCAAGCGAGGCCUGGCCGUGAACAUGGUGGACAGCAAGCACAGCAUGAACGUUCUCAAUAGGAUCCAAGAACAUUUCAAUAAGAAGAUAGAGAGAUUGGACACAGAUGAUUUGGAUGAGAUUGAGAAAAUAGCCAACUGAAACUCCUUGUCUAGAGUUGACUCACACCCUCCGGAUGUGUUAUCUCCAGCUCCAUUUGGACUGUUUUUCAAAUUGAUACAAUUCUUAGCCAGUCACAAAAAAGGACUAAGGCGGGAAUACAUAGAAAUUACCUACCUCAUUUCAAAUUACGUUUGGACUUAAAGAAAAAUUGUGCAAAUAAUGGGGGGAGGGUAGAAAGAGAAAAAAUGUUUACAUGAGCUCUUAAGAUUAGGCAUGAAUACAAAGAAAUUACCUUUUUGGCAAAUUUCUUCCCCAUUUAAAGUUAAUGUGUACCAAUCUUAAAUGUAAACUAGGAACUUGUCAAAGCUUUGUUUAGUCUCUGACUCUUGGGCCCUUGUGGUAUUGUAUAGAUGUCUCUUCUUUCCCCUGGGUUAGGCAUAUCUUAGUGUUUGUACCUGCCUGCAUCUACCUGCAAAAGUGGCAUUGUGGAAGUGAGCAUAGUAGAUGCCAUUUCUCCAUGUGGCUGUUAGGCUGGUGCCCAGUAGACAGUAUCUUUCCAGCAUCCCCAAAAUGCCCAAGAUCCUUCAAUAACAAAUAGAAAGGAGACAAAUGGGCUUGUUUCAAUGGAAUCAGACUCUUAUGACUAGACUGGAAAAGACAGAAAGACGUAUUUGAAAGGGAUUGGAAGAGACCAUGGCCAACAGUGGACACAUACUGUCACUUUGACCUUGUUGUCCAAAUUAAUAAGGAAAGGCUUAGAAAUUACUCAGGAUAUAAGAUAUCCUUUCCAAAUGGUGAUUCUGACUUGGUGUCUUAGCCAGUUUGUAUGACAAUGUCUCCAGUCAUAACUAGCAGUGGACUAGAGAUGGAUGCCCUAUCAAUGACCUGUUUUAUCUCCAGGCCUCAUUUCAGGCUUAAUUAUACCUUAGUCAUCAAUGGUAACCCCCCAAAAAACCACCCUGGGUCUGUCUUGAACUGAAUAUUUUUAUGCUGGCAAUAGUAAUUUGCUCUUUCUGGCAUCUAAAAUUGGACUGUGUAGCCUCUUUCCAAAAUGACAGAAGGACAGGAGCAGCGUGGAACCCUAACAAAGAUAAACCACAGCUAUCUGUGCUUCAGUACCACUACUCUUCUGUCCCUCCAGAUUGGAUAUCUUAAUCUAGAUUUCUCCUUUACAGGAUCCUUCAAGAAAAAAAAAAGCCCUAGUCCGUUGAACAGAUAGCCCAGACUGGUACCUCUCAAAAUAGCAUGGCCAUCCUAAGCUGCUCACAUCAAAAGAAAGUAGGGCACAUGGCUAUUCAGUGGACACAAGACGUUUCGGUGGUCCUGAUUUCCUAAACAGAAGAGAUAGGAAAGGGAAGAGGAACCACCACAGCUUUUCCAGAAAUGUUGCUGCUGCUUGACCCCACUGUCUCAACCCCAAAGGACGAGUCAUUUUUAUCAUUGAAGUAUUGCUCCAGACGCAAGAUAGCCUCACUAUAAAUGGAUUCUGAGCUUCUCUAGGUAGGGAGUAGGGGUACAAGGCGGAUUAUCGUAUCUACCAUGUCUGCUCAUGGCACAGGGUGCAUUAUAGGUGUCCCCUCUCUUGGCCCAUAUCGGCUCUUCUUCUGCUGUACUUUGUUGGUGAGAGGCAGGACCAGCAGCAUCUCCUGUCUGAGAAUGGGCAUGUCUUAACAUCUGCUCUUUGGAGUCCUAAGCAGUAUAGGCUACGCUUGCAUAAGAAAGCUGAUCCUUCACCUUCAGUCUUUUAGUUGAUCUUUCUGAACUUCUUUUCCUUGAUGUUUUUGAUGAGCUUGUCCCAUGUCACCUUUUUACCCAGCCUCAUUCUGAAACAGAAGGGGAUUUCACGCUAAGUUUUACCUUUUCUCUUCAUAGAUGAAGAUAAAUGGAUUGAAGGAUGGUUUAGUUUAGUUGGGUUGAGAUAAUUGUCUCAUCUGACAGAUAUCUGGUAAGGGACAGGGAGAGCAGGCUUUCUGCUAGGGUGUAAGUUGGCUGUUAUUUUAUCUUGCAGAUCCAAGAAGACCAAGGGCCAGUGAGUCCCCAAAGGAUUCUCUAGCAGGAGGGAAACUGGUCUAGAAGGGGUGGCUGGAUCUCUUCUUUUUUCUCCCUUGAAUAGUAUAUGCUGCUCCUUUAUUUUCAGUUUCUGUCAAGCUUCCUAAGUAAAAGUGCCCAUGGACUAGUGUUGUGCCUCCAUGUGGAUAGCCUUUCUUAAUGAAAUCUGCUAGGGCAUGUAGGGUAUAUGUAACAUGGGUGCUCGGGAGCACCUGUGGCAGAGAGGAGAGAAGAAUAAAUAUACUAGUCUAGUACUGCUGGAGUACAAUCCGUUUCUGGUUCUGACCUGUGCCUUGAGCAGAGUUGCUAAUCAGCUCUGGUUAGAACUCAGUCUCUACUGCCUAUUGAUAGAAAAAUGUCUUUGUGGGCCACUUGAGCAUCAUAUAUGGCCGCAUGGAUAAGAAAUGCCUAAUUGUAUGUCUUUUCUCUACUUAGGUUGAUAGAUUUUAACCAAUUAUGAAAAACAUGUUAACUAAGGUGGUUUUUUUUUCCCCUCUAAAUUUAUCACUAUAGGAAGAUAGAGAACAACAAAGUUUUGGUUGCUGGGUUCUGUUUGAUUAGCCCUCUGCUGUUGACUAUAUGUAUGUAUGUAUAAUAUAUAUUUAUACAUACAUACAUAUAUACCCACACCUAUAUACUCAUACAUAUACACACGCAUAUAUACACAUACAUACAUAUACACAUACAUGCAUAUAUACAUGGUUUUAUACGUUUGUGUAUCCGCUGAAGUUUUUAUUUUGUACCUUUUACCCUAAGGGUGACCACUGUAUCAAAGAUUGAAUUCACAGAAACCCAAAUGACAGGGACAUUUUUUGGGGGCCUCACACUCUUGAUCUCUGAUUACAAAAAGAUACAAACAAAGGGGAUAGCAGUGUUGCCAAGUCUUCAGGGAAAAGGCAGUAAAAGUAAAAGUCCAGGGAGUGGAGGUGGAUGAGGCUUCAGGGUUGUUUUAUCACCAGUUAUUUAUUUGUUUUGAUUGACAUCAAGUCAAUGUUGCAUAAUGACCCAGGAAUUGAGAGAAGAUUUUUUAAAUUGUGAGAUUAGUCAGGGAAAAACUUCAUGAAAGCCGUGAAUUUUGAGUUUGACCUUGAAAGAGAAGCAUGGACUUUGGAGUAACAGGAAUUGGGAGGGCAUGCUAGGCAGACAGAUGCUGAGUGUGUGCAGAGCUAGAGGCAAGAAGGGGGACCAAAGGGAAACUGAAUGAAUCUUGAGGAGAACAGAUUAGAUGCAUGAGAUAGCAAACCUUAAAGAAGGGAAGAGGAACUUGGUAGGUAGUAGGAACUCAUAAAUCCUAAGGGUAAGUUUAAACAACAUGAUUGGUCUUCUAGGAAGAGUUAUAUGGAGAAAAUGAGGGUCAGCCCCACAGAUUCUGGUCUUAUGUGUAGAUAUGUACCCAAUGUCUUUACUUAUGCCUUGGCCUGAUAAGCUCCCUUGAUGCUGGGACCUGUCUGGAGAGAAGUCCUAAGUAGAAUAGCUUCAGUUGCAGAGGGUGAGUGCAAGAGAAAUUAGGGGAAGCUUUUCAGGUACAUUUAGCUCUCAGACCCUGAGCUUAAAUUUUAACCUCCUUCACCUUUACUUGGGAGGGAAGAAAAGGCUCUGGCCCAGGGCCUCCCCUUGUAAGCACUCUUGUGUCCCAGCACCCAGUAAGGCCAUAAAAACUAAAAGGGAGAUUUUCUGCACUCCAAGAGCUUUUUGAACUUCUUAGAACCCCUGUCUAGAGAUGAAUACUUUGGAGUUGAUUAUUCUGCAGUGUGAUAGACCUCAGCUCUCUACCCAGUUUACUGAACUAGAGAAUAUCCAGUCCAUGGGCACUGUGGCAACAGGAACUGCAUGCCAAUUGUACCCGUAAACCUGUUUAUUACUACUCUCCUAGAAACCAGGAGCAAAUGAAAAUUCAUCAUUUUUUAUGCAGAGAAACAAUUCUGAUUAAGUUUCAGGUCCCAAAAGCCAGUUACUGCAUUAAAUUCCUGGGGAGGAUGCUCCUCCCCCCACACCCCCACCCCCAGUCAAGAAAAACAGUGGGGAUGGUUUUCUGAGGGAGCACUCAGCCAUGGAAACCUAUGGAAAUAGGCCAAUCCUCAAUAAUGUUUUGGUUGUUAAUUUCAUUAACCUAUAAGCUAAACUGAAUCAUACUGUAACAGAUAAAUUAAAUGUUUUAUUUUUUGAACAACACAGACUUAAUGAUCUUUCACUUGUCUGGACAACAUUCCCUUGUUGUCUUUCCUGAACACCUUGAUCCUGGAGGAGAUGGUUUCAGACAGAGCUCAGGUAACUGCUGACUCUGCAAAGUAAAAAAAAAACUGAUGUAGUUAUAUGUGAGGCUAACUAUAUAUGUGUGUAUAUGUAAAUACACACACAUAUAUACAUAUACAUACACACACACAUACAUAUAUAUAUUUUUUUAUUUUGAUUUGGUAAAUAUAUAGCCACUCAGUAAAUAAUUCCUAAAUUGAAGUAACCCAGGCCUUCUCUUUUGGAGUGUGCCAGAUUGUUAUGAUGUUAGAUUGGGAGUAUUUUGUUCUGGAGUAAUCUGUGAGACUGCCUUAUCUCCUUAAAAUGUCAAUUUCAUUUAUACAGUGAAUAUCAUAAUGGCUUCUUAUAGAAUGGGUUGUAUAUGAGCAGCAAAGAGAUCAGUUAGGUCUCAUAGCUGUCGCAUGCUUCCUGAGCUACUGCUUGAGAAAUUCCUGAAGCGUAUUUCCUCUUACUUUUACAACCACUACAAGAUGGUUUUAUUUCUCACUCUCCAGAAGCUUCACGAGUAUGAAUGAAUAAAUAGAAUGUAAGCUCCUUAAGAGUAGGAAUUGCCUCAGUCUUUGUGUUCUCAGCACAGUGCCUGAUACAUUGUAGGUGCUUAAUAAAUGCUGAUUGAUUUA